AUGAGUGCUGAUACAAAACUCAUUCUUAGUCUCGUCAACCGGAUAGCCGUGCGACUUCCUUGCAACAAUGGACAACACAUAGACUCCUUGGAGAGCGAUCCACUCAUUCAACAAACUUUGCUUAUAUCAUUCUAUUGUUAUGGGCGCUCCCACGUGCUUGUAGUGGUAGUUGCUGCACUGAUAGAGUUAUCCAAAUAUCGACUUCCCACAGUUGCAAGUACCGUUGUCACCGUUUUAGAGAACAUAUCAAAGGCAUCUCCUAUUACUAUACCCGACGAUUUUAUACCGCACGAUGUUCUUCAAUCGCAACUCUUUUUGUUACGUAUGUUGUCAGCUUGUAUGCAGCAUCAUUGGCAAUUUUGUCGACAAACGAGGAAAUCAAUGGUAUCCAACAUGAGCUCGGAAUCACAGCAACCCAUGUCAUCCGUAUCGUCAAUGAGCCGAGAAGGAUCGAUCCAUAGCAACAACACCACAGGCGCUGAAAGCAGUGAUCGAUGGUCAUUAUCCGAAUCAUCAGCAGGGUAUGAGCUUGAAGAUCCACCGCCAUUAGAAGACAACUUGGCCAAAUACAUUGUCGCUAUCAUGUCACGAUUCAUGUAUCAGAUGGCAGCUGCUGAAGAUCGAGAGUAUGGUCCAGGAAGUACAGGCAACAUUACCGGCCGUGCAGAAUACACAAUAGGAGGAGGCAAUGGCACAUCCACAGACAUCAUGACCGACAUUUACAAAGCAGCAAGUCGUAUCGUCUUUUAUGUCAGCGCAAGUAAUUGGCCCAUCAUGUUUGCCAAAAUCAGAGCUCGAUUAUUGCACUUGUCAACCACGGUGGAGGAAAAUCCAGAGACAGCUGAUGUGCGCUUGUUGGAAUGUUCAGCAUUGAAUUCGGAAAGGCUUGCUAUGGUAUUAGGAGAAUUAUGUUCGACGUUUUCCAAUCUCAAAAAGAACGCCCAAUCGUUUGUGGCGGUUACGUUACGAAGAGCCAUUUGGAAUUGGAUCGAGACCUACCCCAAUGAAUUUGUCAAGCUAUGCCAAAGUCAACGACGCAUGGAAGGAGGACCCGACACACUCUUUGAUUUAUGCAUGCCAUUGGCCGACACCUUGCGUAGAAAAGCUGUUCUAUGGCCCCUGCAGACCAUGUUGUUAGUCCUUUGUCCCGAUAUUCUUUUGUCAUCCGCUCUAAAUGAUAGCAAAGGUACUCCCAGCAGAAAGAGCACAUUCAUUGCUGUCCUUAAAAAGUCGCUCAAGGUGGCUAGAGUGGCAGAGUUGGCUUCUAUUUGCUUGGUGGAUAUGUGCAAGGCUGCAACCUAUGUCUCAAAAUCGGAUAAAUCAGCACUGCGUCAUUUGGUACCUGAAGUUGAGAAUGAGCUCAAGGAGAAGUUAUUUGACAUGCAACGUCCGCUUAUCACCGACAACUUGUUAAGCACUCUUGGCAUCAUCAUUGAUCAUCGUUGUUUGCUCGCUGAUUGUAUCGUUGCCAUGUUCCGCCUGAAUCCAAGGGGUGUCAUGCAUAAUCUCUUCCCCAUAUGUCUCGAUGACCGUGCACCUAUGCUUUUCAAAGUCAGCUUGGUCAAAGCGUGCCUUGCCAUUGCCAAUGAAGAACAUCGAUUACCUUGGAAUCCACCCAUAUCGUCACUUUAUGAAUAUCUUUGUGGACCCUUACGACGCCUUUUCCUUGAAACAACUACCCGUGAUCCUGCAAAAUCCGAGACAAGUAGCCAAACUGGUUCGUCAUCAACACGCAAGGCGAUCAUCAAUCCAUCCAGCGACAAAAAGGCGAAAAAGGAUGCAAAGCAAAUCUACAGUGAGAGGAGCGAGUUGAUUUUGGAUAUGUUGCGUUUGUAUCAAGCGGAUCCCAAAUUGGCUAUAUUGGGUGAGAAGGAUAGUCGAUUCGAGACCAAUGCAUCAGUGAUGAUUGCUAUCACCAAUUGUUUACGAGAUUCGAGAGUUAUUGUUCGUGAUGCAGCAGCCGAAUGUCUUUUGAAGCUACACAGUGCUGAUUAUAUCAUGGCAUGGGGACCAUCCAAUCGAUUUAUGGAAACAUUCUGGAAGAUAUCUUCACAAGUGAUCUUUACACUCGCCAAACAAUUGCUGGACACUCGUGAGCGAGAUGAUGGGCUUAAGAAACUACUUGACUUGCUAGCAAGAUUACUCACGUUGAGAAAUGAUUUCUUGAAAUUGCAUCAGGAUAUCGCAAUGCAAGGAUCAGAUGUACGUGAGAGGUUACAAGCAUCCAUUGGCCUUGAAGUUGCAUUACUUGUGUUGUUGUGUUCAGCUGAUCCUGCAAUUUGUACCGGUGCUACGACAUGUCUUGGUCAUAUUUGCCUUGAAGCUCAUAUCACCGAUAGUAUGGAUGAUCCGCAGCAACAAUCACUUACCAUUGUGGAUAACUUGCCUGUGUAUGUGGAGCUCACAUCGAAUACUGGGAUUAUCGCUGGCCGAAAAUCACAACAAAAGCGGAUUCGACGACUAUUGAGGAUGAUGACACAUUAUGCACCUGGCAAUCUUGCUGCUUGGGAAGAAGCGUGGAAGCGUUGGAAAUACAUGACACCAUCCAUGGUGAGGUCAUAUGAGGAAUCAAAAGAUGAAAGCGUUGACAACAACAUCAAAAAGAGCACAGCGUGGCACGACAAGUUGCGCAAUAAUUCCAUUCGCCAAGCCAGCAACAACAGCUCGUCUUCCAGCAUAGGCAGCUCUACACGUAUGGAUGGAUUUGAAGAUGAUCGUUCUUCCGAAUGGCAGAAUUACACAGGAUUUUUGGCAUCAUUGGGUGGCGUUUGUUUGAUGGUUGACAGCACACCUUCCCCCACAUCACCCACGUCUCCAACACCAACGCCAACAAAGGUAUCCCAGCAACAACCAUUACGACGUAUUUCAGCACCUACCGAAUCAGCCAUUAUGGUCGAUCGAUUUAUUAUGGAGAUGGUUGAUAUCUUGAUUUGUGAUAAUGUCAUUGUGCGUGAGUGGGUGCGUGAAAUUCUUGGUACCGAUUUGUCUCCUGCUCUUUAUCCUAUCUUAUUUCGACAUCUCGAGACCACACUUGGCAAGUGCUUUGGCGCCAACAAUGAUCCAAUUUGCAGCCCACGAUUCACGUUGUUUGUUGAACAAGCUAUUUCAGUGCUGAAAUUGGUGUUGGAUCGUAUGGAUGAUACAGUGGACAAUUUGUAUACGGUUGACUUUAGCGGGUUAAUCAGCCAAUACGCCCAAUACCUCAACAAACUUGGCAACAAUCCUCAAUCCAUGAAGAUCAAAAUCAAAAUGUGUCAGCUAUGCGAGGUGCUCAUGGUGCGUAAAGAUCGUAUUACGCUUCGACAAGAAUUCCUGCUACGCAACAAACUUCUCGAGAUUAUUGUGGAGUGGACCAGCGACUUUGCUUUGAGAUCAGACAACGUGCGAACUAUCUCGAAUGAAUCGACUCAAGCGGAAAAGCUUCAAGAUGAUCUUGACUUGGCAUGUUUAAAGACAAUUGAGCUCUUGCUGCAACAACUCCCUCUACAAUCAUCCGAACCAGUGCACGAGGCGGAUUCCACCCAAGUCAAAAGCCGGAUCUUUUAUCGAUACUUUACCUUCUUUUUGAAGUUGCUGAAUCGGUGUAGGAUUUCAGAGAUUGAAUCGCAUCCUCACAGUCUUUCAUCAAGUCAGCAAGUUGUUAUCGUUAACAAGAACAAGGAGACUGCAACAGCAUUAGCACCUUUGAAGAAUUACACAAUCUUGGCGAUGUCCAACUUACUCAGUGCCAACGUGGAUGCAGGUCUCAAAUACUCGCUGUCAAUGGGAUACCACGAAGAUACAAGAACGCGUAGCGCCUUCAUGCAAGUGUUGACGAAUAUCUUGAAUCAAGGCACCGAAUUCGAGACUUUGGCCGAGACAGUAAUGACCGAUCGCUACGAAAAGCUUAUUGAUAUGCUCGUCGAGUUUGAUCUCAACAUUGCUCUCUCUCUUUGCGAUGUAUGCCCUUCUUCGGACAUUGAUGAGGUCGCCAACGUAUUACUCGCUUGCUUUGCAUCACGCAACAAGACCCUGGUCCUCCUCCAAGCCGUCAUUGAAAAGGAAGUCAAUAGUACAACAAGUGAAACGGAUCUUUUCAGGAAAACGAGCAUUACGACACGUUUGCUUUCUGUGUUUGCCAAGAAUUAUGGAUCGGAUUAUGUGCGAUCAGUGCUUCAGCCUGUAUUCCAAAAGCUUAUUGAGAAGCCCCCAGAGGAAAAGACUUUUGAGCUUGAUCCAUCGAAAGCAGGACCUGGAGAGGAUGUGACCAAGAACAAGCAGAAUGUUGUCAAUGCCACUGAAAUGAUUUUGAAUGCCAUUUGUGCUUCAGCAAACGAUGCACCAAAGAUCUUCCGUGAAGUAUGCCAAUGCAUCUUGACAUCGGUUCUUAAGCGAUUCCCAGAGGCGAUGCAUACCGCUCUUGGUGCAUUUGUGUUUUUACGGUUCUUUUGCCCUGUUAUUGUUGCUCCUGAAACGGAAGGCUUGGUCAAGAACAGUGCAUCUAUAUCAAGAGAGAUUCGUCGUGGCCAUUUGAUCGCAACCAAGGUCAUCCAAAAUCUUGCCAACAACGUGCUUUUUGGUGCCAAGGAAGCAUACAUGAUCGUCCUCAACGACUUUUUGACAAGCAACAUCUACAAGGUGACAAGCUUUUUACGCGAGAUAUCCAAGGUUCCACAGGAUACCCAAGAGGAUGAUACGACCUGUAAUGAAACACGGCACAAUAUGGAUAGCAAAGAGUACGCCUUAUUACAUCGGGUCUUGGUCGAUAACAUGGAACGUAUCACACGUGAUCUUGCGACACGGCGUUUGAGACAAUUCAAUGAUCAGGAAUCACUCGCGUCUUGGAAGCGCUCAUUUGACAAGUUUGCAAACUUGUUGGCUCAGCUUGGUCGACCCCCUGAGAUCACAAAGCGAGAGGUGCAUGGGAUCCACAGUUACAAGUUUGCCGCAUCCAAUCAAUUGUAUGUCGAGUUUAUGCGACGUAACAGCCAUCGAAGUGUGGAGAAUAUUAUAUCCAAGAACAUCUUUUAUGAGAGUGGCACAUCAAAAGCGGGUCGCACUGUCUUUUAUCUUGUUCUUCGCAACAUUGUGGCAGACAGCAUUGAUUUCGAGCUAUUGAUUUAUUUCAUUUUGCAGACGAUGGAACGUGCAGCCAAUAAGGCCUGUGAAGUGGUGGUGGAUUUGACUCAAUUCGGCCCAGCAAACGAGAUUCCUUCAAUUUGGAUAAGUCAACUGCUACAGCUACUUCCUUUCGAUCUUUAUGACAACGUGGCAAUCCUCCAUAUCUACAACCCGAAUGGAUUCUUACGUAAAUACAUCAAAAAGCUUCCACGCCCUUUGACGCACAAGAUCAGCAAGCGUGUCGUGUUUGCAACUACUUUGGCGGAGAUGCAAGAAUACAUUCAUGCAUCGGAGAUCCGUUUGCCCAAGUCUACAGCGGGUUUGGAGACCGAGCCAAAUGCUGUAUUCUUCCCUGUCAACAGGUUGUCGCAAUAUCGGGUGCAAAUCCCUGUCACAGUCAAGAUCAGUGCCGAGUAUGUCCAAAUUAUGACCGUACGAAAGCAAGAGCUUUUCUACAACAUGUCAGCGGUGACGAAUGAUGUAUUCCACGUGUCGGAUAUUGAGGAUCUUGCUGUUGGUCAACAUGGUCGAGAGACCGAGAAUCCCAAUGAAUUCAGCUUCAAGUACAACAAGGGCAAAGCGCAAAUGACAUUAUCAUCGCCAAAACGAGAUACGAUGAUCAAUGCUAUUCGACAAGGCAAACGACGAUAUGAGACCUCCAAGCCAACCAAUCUUUCUGAACGUACGAUUCGUCCCAAGGAUGUACCAGGUCGUUUGCUCAAUAUGGCGUUGCUCAACAUUGGCACCGACGAUCCAAAUUUGAGAUUGGCAGCAUACAACCUACUUUAUGCACUUAGCAUGACAUUCCAUUUCGAUGUUGGGAAGCAGUUAUUGGAUGCCAAAGACCUUUGCCUUCCCGCCAACAGCACAGCCUUUGUCGUGAAUAUCAGUGAAAAGUUGGCAGCAACCGAACCUGGCUUUACUUUGGAAUUCCUCAAUGAGUGCAUUGUUGGUUUCAACAAGUCCAACGAGUCAUCACGUUAUCUUUGCUUGGAUUACAUGGGGCCAUGGUUACCGAAUCUAGUCAUGUUUGCCCGUGGAUCACCGGAUGAAGUUGCAAAGACUAAAGAGGUGAUGCGAUUAUUGAUUGAUUUGACCGUUGCACGCAAAGAUAUGUAUAAACUUGUGCAAGCCAAGAUAUGGAAGAAGAUUGGAAAAGUGGAUGACAUUCUCAAUUUGUUGCUCGAGUCAUUUAUUCUUUAUUCAAAUCAGCAUGGCGUUGGUUCACCUCAAGCGGAGGCAAUGGCUGAUACGUUUGUUACCCUCUCCAAUGUGGCUGUGCGUGGCAAGAUCAUUUCUCGAUUACGCAAAGUGCUGCAAAAGACAUCCUUCAAGCCCACUCGGACACUCACUGAUCAUCCCACAUGGACUGAGAUUGCUGUCUUGCUUCGAUUUGUGCUUAUGCUUUCAUUCAAUAACCGUGGUCCUGUCAAGAGCUAUGUACCUGAGCUUUUCCAUAUUGUGUCACUUAUCGUUGGUGUGGGUCCUACUUUGGUGCGUGCCUCGGUCCAUGGUCUUGUUAUCAAUAUGAUCCAAUCACUAUGCACAUCGAUGCCAUUAUCUGAUGGAGGCAGCAAGAAAUUACAGCUCAUGCUGAAUGAAUUGUCGGAUUCAAAAUCACGUCUACUCUUUGGUCUUUUCCGCCAGCAUGUCAAUCCAUUUCUUAUCAACCCUGAUACCCUCACUGAUACGCUCGAAUCGAUUCAAUUGACAUCCCUGGAGACGAUCAUCAAUCACCUUUUGGAAGUGCUUCAUUAUGGUGCUCCUUCUUUAGACGUUGCUAAUGCAUGGAGAGCAAGAUGGAUGAGUCUUGUUGCGAGCACAGCUUUCCAAUUUAACCCAGCUGUUCAACCACGGGCGUUUGUUGUACUUGGAUGUCUUGGUCGUGAAGAAAUCGAUGAUGAUCUUUUGUAUCAGAUUCUCGUUGCUUUACGUGGUGCGUUGGCUAUCUUCAAUGAAACCGAUCCAAGUUUGGUCCUGAGCAUUAUGAUGUGCCUAAAGAAUAUUGUGGGAAGCCUACCAAGCGAUUCUCGAUACCUGAUUCAGCUAUUUUGGGUGGCUGUGGCUCUUGUGCAAGUGAAUCAUAGCCCAACAUUUGCCAUGGCCGUUGAUUUGUUACAAGCCGUUGUACGAGCACUGGAUGCAAAUGAAUUCUUUGUUGGUGGAUCAGUAUCUGGAGUUCUAUUGGAGGCAAGAGAGCCCAUGGCUGAUGUUGCAGUUCAACUCGAUCAACUUUGUGGCGUGAACUUUGAGACACAUUUUUCGUUUGCUAUUGCAGGCAUGUUGAUGAAGGGAUUGCGACAUACCAAUUCCAAAGAUAUUGUGUAUCAAGGCAUGACAACUUUAUUGGAUAUCGAAUGCAAGCAAACAACGUAUGGCAGCACGGAUGGCAUGAUCGAAGAACGAAUGCUUGGCUAUGUGGCUGGAUUGUUACCUGUUGCAGCAAGGAAUGAGGUACUCAAGGAAUUGUUACGACUAGCCGGUGUGGAUGAUGCGAUAGGCUUGGAGGAUAUAUCAAAUUGGAGAAAUGGUGCUGGUCACCAAAGCACUGCCUAUUGUGAUUUGUUCGAUCGGAUUGACAUUCCCAACAACACAGCAGCACUCUUGUUUAUAUCAUUACUUUCCACCCAACUCAACACAUCUGACAGCGACACCGAGCGAUUGUUCAUUUAUGGAUUAUUGGCUGAAUCAGCGUUGGCUAUGCCUGAAGUGUUUGCUCUCGUUUAUGAAUCGCUUUUGCCCAAGAUGAAUCAAAUCGUUCUCAGCAGCCAGACACAACCCAUUAUAGAAUACAUCAAGUCCAUCCUUUUGACAGCUUGUGCCGAUCCCAUCUUCAGCGAAAUCAAGAAUAAGCGUAGCCAAAAGCUAUUGCUCGAGGAUCUUGGAUUUUCAGCCUUGGGUGACCUAUCGUUUGGAGCAUCGAAUACGAAUGUCAUACAACAUGCCAAGCUUGCUAGUGAAGUAGUAGAAAAGGUUAUUGCAUAG